AUGAUGUCGGGGCUCAUCAAUAAUCAUUCUCAGCAGCCUUUCCAAUAUAGUGCCUUUGGAACGGCCCUUUUUGUCGCCAACAUGGCCAUGGAAUCAACUGGAGGAAGGAUAUUUGCCUUUCAAAACAAUCAACCUAAUCAUGGCCCUGGCCAAAUCGGGGUUCGCGCAGACCAAACCCACUCCAUGUCGCCAACAGACAAAGAAAAGGCGUUAUUUAUGCCUCAAAAUAAUUUUUACCAAACGCUUGCAGAUAAAAUGUCAUCAUCUGGAAUAUCUGUUGACCUGAUAAUCUGCCCAACCCUGCCUUUUAUUGAUUUGGUGACGAUCGGAUCCAUUUCUUCUAUUACGGGAGGAAAAAUUUACUCCUUCUUCAACUUUUCUCCAGAACGGGAUUCCUACAAUAUCACGAGAAUGUUGCAGUGGUCCCUCUAUGCUCCUUGGAUGUUUGAUGUAGUUACAAGGGUCAGAGUUGGAAACGGUACAUCGCUUUGUUUUUUAACGAUCACAGGGCUUACCCUCUCUGACUUUUAUGGAAAUUUUAACAUGAAAAAUGCAACGGAUAUUGAGAUUUCUAGAGCCGAUCACAAUUCCUCCCUUUUGGUGACUUUAAAAUAUGAGGGCAAGCUCAAAGAAAAUGAAACAAUUUAUAUUCAAGUUGCAACGCUAUACACAACCCAAUGUGGAGAUCGACGGAUUCGCUUGAUCAACUACUGCCUUAGUACGACCUCAAAGGUUCCCCAGAUAUUUAAAAAUGCUGAUCUGGAUGCUUAUAUUGCAUUGUUUAUGAGGAUUGGGUUAAGACAAGUUUCGCUUUCUGGCUUUUCGCAACUUCGACACAACUUCCUUGAACAUUUGGCCUCAAUACUUGCGGCAUAUAGAAAAUUGUGUUCUAGCCAAGCUGCCAUGGGCCAGCUGAUCCUUCCUGAGGGAUUAAAGCUGCUGCCAAUCUAUGCUUUGAGUAUUCUAAAGAGCAAAGUCUUUAGAGAUAGUUCGGAUGUUCUAGUUGACCAGCGGGCUUUUCACAUCAGAGGGUGUAAUAGAAUGAGCUGCGUUGAGCUGAUUUCUUUUCUGUAUCCAAAUAUGUAUCACCUUAAUAUUUCUGAAAAUAACGUACCCGUUGUUUCCUAA